GCUGCAGGGUUCCACGCCAUUUUGUUCAUUUGUGGAACCCCCCCUCUAAGGAGCAGAGUGCAGCCAAUAGUUGGAGGGCGGGCGGCUCUCUUGCAGGAACAAGUCAGAGAAUUCCUGAGCCUGCAGAUUACUUUGCUGGAAAGCAUCAGAAUGGCUGAUCAGAAUUGCAGAAAGAAAUUAAAGCAUAAUCCUCUUAGAAUGAUGGGUGGACUCGCAUCAAACACAACGCUGCCUUCACUUUUUGCUGAUGAUGAUGUAUCAAAGGAGAGUGCGGACCUGACAGUCGAUGCUGGAUUUUCAGGCGCAGAAGGCUCGUACAGUUCAGGGGUGUCUCAGUCUAUGAACAAUCCAGAGUUUGUGGAGGAUCUGUCUCAGGUGCAGUUACUGGAGAAUGAGUCCCCUCGGGCAGCAGAUACCAACGAGCAGAGAAGUGAGGAGGAGGAGAAAUCUGUCAAGAAGGCAGCCUGGCCCAAGGGAAGGAAAAGGAAAAAAGCGACCAAGGACAGCAAUGCUCCCAAAGCCCCGCUCACUGGGUAUGUGAGGUUCCUCAACCAGCGCCGGGAGCAGCUUCGAUCCCAACGGCCCGAUGUGCCAUUCUCCGAAAUCACGAGGAUGUUGGGGAAUGAAUGGAGUAAACUGCCUGCGGACGAUAAACAGCAUUAUUUAGAUGAGGCAGAGAAAGACAAAGAGCGUUACAUGAAGGAACUGGAGCAGUACCAACAGACUGAGGCUUACAAAAGAUUCAGCCAGAAAGCAGAUGAUAAACGACGGACAAAAGGGCUUAGCCAAGAUGAAGGAUCUCGAGCCAAUAACAUUCCUGUUACAGAGAAGCAAGGUGUUGGCCUGAAGGAUCAAUCAGUGUUGGAUAUUCCUAUUUUCUCUGAAGAAUUUUUGGACCACAGUAAAGCUCGGGAGCGGGAGCUCCGCCAGCUACGGAAAUCCAAUAUAGAAUAUGAAGAGCGAAACGCGGCUUUGCAGAAACACGUGGAGAGCAUGAAGACGGCGGUGGAGAAGCUGGAGAUCGAUGUGAUGCAAGAACGCAACAGGAAUGUGCUCCUUCAGCAGCACUUGGACACCUUGCGGCAGGCACUGACGUCCAGCUUUGCCACUGUACCGUUGCCAGGUUCUGGGGAGACGCCCACCUUGGAUACCAUUGAUUCCUACAUGAGGAAAUUACACGGCAUUAUUCUGUCCAACCCACAAAGUAGUGAAAAUCUCAUUACCACAGUGCGUGACUUAGUUAGCCGACUUGACAGUUGAAAUUGUGGUUGACCGUCGACGCAUCAACAUCUGUACACACAGCUGGGCAGUGAGAAAUGGAAGGAGCCACUGGAUUGUCAAUGGAAAUAAAAUGGCAGCUACUGUUUCUGGCCUUGAAAUUUAGCCUGACCUGGAGAAGGAUUGUUCCUUUCAUUUCAAGAGACCAAACAUCGGGGUGCAACAGGCGAUGGCUGGGUUGUCUCUUGUUAGUUGGCAGCGUUGAUGUCGUGGUUAACUCCUCCAUCAUUGUUCUCUUGCCAAAUUUCCUUGUGUUGAUUGUAUGUUAUGUUAUGUAGCUAUUGAGCCAUUCUGUGCUCAAACAAAAUCAUUUAUUUAAUUACGUUUUGUUUUAAAAGGGUGUUUUCUCUCUUCUCUUUACGGGGCAGCAAAUAAGCUGAAGUUGGGAACUCACCGGGUCAUUUUCAGAAACACUGGCUGGUAUGCCAAAUAUCAGACUAUUUAUGAUAUGAACAGGGUAACCUGUUGAUGGAAUUGGUCAUAAUACCAUCCGAGUAGGGCCUUAAAUCAAACAAUGUUUGGUAUCAUCUUUUAUCCCCAAUGCUAACUAAUGUAGCAGUGCCAUAGAAUUGUAAAAAUUUGAAGCACAGGCCAUUCUGCCCAUUAUGGUCAUGUCUGGUAUAAACGAACUACUUAAGCUAACAUCACUUCCCAGCCCUCAGUCAGUUGCUUCUUGCGUAUGGCGUGCACAGCCUAAAGUUGUCGGACAACUUGUUCUAUUUGAUUGUGCACGCCGGGUUGAUUGCAUUCGUCGAAACAGGGCGGAACACCUGAAGGUUGCAAUCUCCCACCCCAGUCAGUUGCUGAUGAGAACAAAAAUAGCCUUCCUAUCCGCUGUAUUUCUGUCAUUUACUUUAAAUGUGUGCACCUUAUUGAGAGUGUUCUCCGCAAGGGAAAUGUCUUUCCCUGUUCCUCUUUGUCAAGUCUCCUCAAAGGUUUACGACCUUGCGUAAGUACUGCACCUGUUUUUCAGGAAAGCCGAUUUCCAACCAGCCUCUCACGGUAACUAAGGCUAUCGAGUCUUGUAAAUCUUCCGACAAUAUCGUGCUAUAAUUGGCUCCCAUCCCCUGAAAGUUGGGAGGAGUGAAUAACACGUCUUUUCCAUCCUAGUUGAAGUAUCUCCUUCAAUAUACAUUUUCAUAGGAGCUGAAUUAGGCUAUUCGGCCCAUCAAGUCUACCCCGCCAUUCAAUAAUGGCUGAUCCAUCUCUCCCACCUAACCCCAUUCUCCUGCCUUCUCCCCAUAACCCUUGACACCCGUACUAAUCAAGAAUCUAUCUCGGCCUCAAGUAAGAGAAAAGAACCAUCUUUAAUAAGGAACUAAAUCCAUCCAAUGAAAGAUGAUUGCCCUGAAAUGUUCAAUUUGUUUCUCUGCAGCUGCUUUCUAAUCCUAUAGGGCAUUUAUCAAUUAUUUUCUAGCAUUUCUUGCUUGUAUUUUAGAUUUCCAUCAUUUACAGUGCUGUGCUUCUGUAAGUCAGCAUUGAUGCAUCUCGCAGCGAGAUGGUCACUGUUGCUGGAGAAGGAAUCGGUGCUGAUUGUAGAAUCCAAGUGCAUCCUGAUUAUCCACGCUACCCCCAUCUUGUCUCCCUGGCCCUACUGUGGAAUAGAUUACCCAAACUCUGCAGGCUUCCAUGCAAAACGAGAACUUGACCAACCUACGGUGGCGCAGUGGUAGAGUUGUUGCCUUCACAGCCCUUGCAACGCUGGAGACCCUGGUUCGAUCCUGACUACAGGUGCUGUCUGUACAGAGUUUGUAUGUUCUCCCCCCGACCGCGUGGAUCUUUUUUCUGAUAUCUUCGGUUUCCUCCCACACUCCAAAGACGUACAGGUAUGUAGGUAGAUUGGCUUGGUAUGUGUGUAAACUGUCCCUAGUGUGUGUAGGAAAGUAUUAAUGUGCGGGGAUCGCUGGUCGGUGCAGACUUGGUGGACUGAAGAGCCUAUUUCUGCGCUGUAUCUCUAAACUAAACUAAAGGGCUGCCCUUUCUGAGCAGCACCUCGACUGAAGUACGUGGGGAAAAAACUGAUGUGCUUUGUAUGAUGUUAAAGCCUGCACCCCAAAAUAAGUUUGACCUUGUGCAAUUAGUAUUGUAAAGUAUUAUUUUAAUUAACAGUUAAAUGACCCAAAGAAAACCUUUUGUGUUUGGUAUUGCCACUGGAACUUAUCUAGUGGGAAUACUUUUUCAUAAAUGUCAUUGCAACCACAAAUGUUUUUAUAAUAUACCUGAGCUCUGCAAACAGAGGCAGUGGGUACUGCUGUAUCUGCUCGAGUUUACUCAGUGAGACAUGCGGAAAGGAUGAAGGAACCAGGAGUUAUUUUUGAGGGUUUGCCUCUAAGCCAGAGGGAGUGGAAAGUAGGGAUACAAGAGUACUUCGGAUGCUGGAAUCUGGAGCGGAAAAUGAACUGCUGGAACAACUCAGCAGGUCAAGCAGUAUCUGACGAGUGAACGAGAUGGUUGGUGUUCUGGGUCGAGACCCUAAGAGUGUCGAGGGGGAGAUGGCCGGUAUAUAGAAUUGAGCUGGAGGGGUGAGAUAAAGGUGGAAGGCACAUUUCUUGAAGCUGACAUUCCUGACAUUUCAGGAGUCCUUGAGGAGUAAGCUUAAUUUUGAGAGCAGAUGCUGAUUCCCAGAAAAAUGUGGGAAAAAUCCCAAGUAAUGAUAUAUAUGGAUAGAUUAUAUAGCAGCUGAAGUUCAGGGCUAUGUUCAGAGUUGUACCACCUUCACAUGGCAUAAUGACAUAGUCACUCACCCGUGCCAACACACUUUCUGAUACAUAGUUGGAAAACACGACCCAAAGUGGGACUGUCCUCAUUCCCGAACAAACGUACGUGUCCACGUCACAUCCAGUGAUUCCCACUAGAAGUUGCCCGUGGAUAUCAGGUGAGCAGAGGGUUUGAUGUGAACAUGGAGCCUUUGAUAGUCAAGUCAAGGAGUGGAACUAACAUUCCAUAAACAUUU